CCAGCUAAGACAACAAUCCUCGAAGUCGAGCGCAAGUUCCGCCGCCUCGCCAAGCAGCCCCAUACUCCGCACACGCACAUGUUCGCCUCCGUCCAGCCCCUCCCGACCCGCACGAUCCACGACAUCUACUACGACACGCCCACGCGCGCCCUCUCCGCCGCCGGCGCCUGGGUCCGCCGCCGCGACGGCGCGUGGCAGGCCAAGGUGCGGCGCGGCGGCGACUUUGUCCGCUCGCGCUUCGAGGAGCUGCGCGGCGAGCGCGACGUCGGCCGGUGCGUCGCGGCGGUCGUGGGUAUUGAGGAGGCGGUGGUUCGAGAUUUUGGGCUGGGGAAGCUGGCCGAGUUCGUCACCACGCGCGAGGCGUGGUUGGUCGAUGGGAAGUUCAAGGUGGUGAGGGACCGAAUGGAUUUCGGGCAUGAGGUCGGGGAGGUGGAGUUGCAGGUUGAGGUGGAGGGCGGGAUCGGAGAGGGGGAGAAGGCCGUGUUGAUGGAGGAGAUGGACCGGAGGAUUGUGGCGUUUAUGCGGCGGUAUGCGUGGGCGUGGGAGGAGGGUGAAGCGGUGGGGAAGCUUACGGCUUAUUUCGAG